AUUAUAUUAAAAAGUUUAAUUAACGGUGAUUCGGAUAAGCUUAUAAUUAAAAUGGUCGUAAAUUGUUUAAAGUUGUUAUUAACUGACGUAAUCAGGCCGUGACUUCAUCGGUACAUGCCGUCGGCUUUUAACGAAAGUGGUUUCCUUGUGGGCUCGAAAUCAGAGCGGCGAUUAAGGGGAAACUUUCAAAAGUGAUUCGCAAUUUCCUGUGCGAGUGAGCGGGGAAGCGGAUGAGUUAGCAAGUUUGGGCGUACCGGUACAGGCGAGCGCAUUUUCAGUGAGCGAUCGGGAUGAAGUUUUUGCCGAUAUAAUUGAAUUAAAUAAGCAUGAACGAUCCGUGGGACGUUAAGUCCCGUCAAGCCGGACAAUAUGUGUCCUGUAUGAAGAUAAAUGGAGUGCCACUGUUACCACCACUUCUCUCCAAAGAAUGUCGGAAAGAAAUGCAAUACUACAAACUUCUUGCUAAAGAAGUUGAGAAACGGAUAGCAGAACUAAAAGCUUAUGUCGGAGACAGUGAUGAAGACUCUGCUCAGGACAACACCGACGCCACGGAGAUGCCACAGGAGUAUGAACAACCUCAUGAGCCUGUCCAAGAAAUCCUACAAGUCUUUGACAGUAACAUUACAACAUUCAGAGAAGAGAAGCUUGAAGAAAGUUUAUCCGCUUCUACGAACACCACAAACACUAACUCUUCGGAUUUAUGCAAUAGUGUUUCUUCCAGUAAUGCGUCUUACAGUCUGCCUAAAUUCUCUGUAAAUAGCAUCCAAAAUGGUAUUAGUAACAGCAUUAAAGCAAAGUGCAACAAUUCACAACACACACCACAACCUAUUGAGCCUCCUGAACGAGAUUGUAACGCCACUCCUACAAAAAUUACUAAAGUAGAGAAAUUAACUGAAGAUGAACUUUCUUUUGAUGGCAAAAAGCCGGAAAGAGAAAUAGUAGACUUACUAAGAGUUGAGUUUGACAUUAGCAAAGUAGAACCACUUUUAUCUGGUGCUUUUCCAGAUAUGACAAUGACAGAUGGACCUGCAUCUCUCGGUUCUAAAAGUUUUACAGGCUCUUUAAAUAAUAUUCACAGUGAGAGUGUCAAAGAUGCAGCUACUUUAGUUCGGCAAAGUUCCUACACAGUGCUUAAUCCAAGUCCACUGCUUUUAGCCCAUUUAAAAGUGCAAUCUCUAAGCACUGGAGUGGAAGUAACCUCUAUUUCCAUGAGUGAGUCACUAUCAAAUCUGACUUCACCAAAAAAACGAAGAAGUUGGGACUUGGAGUCGGCUAAAAUGAAAUGGUCAUCCAUGGCUCAUGAGCUGAAGCAAAAAACAGCACAAACUAAACCAAGUGCAACUAAGGACCUUUCUAAAUCCACAGUUAAAAAACCUCAGCAGACUCCACCCAGAUCUAAAUCUGUAGCUGAAAAGCCAAGGCGAGCCAGCAUGCCUGGAAAAGCUCCAAAAUCAGAACCUAUUCAGAAUCAGAAGCCUAAAAAUAGUAUUCAAAGUCCAUAUGCAAACACAAAUUCUACAAAUGUAAAAGAACCAAAACCAACCAUCCAACCGUCACCUAAAAAACUAAUUUCAGAAUGUGAGGAUCCAGCUGCUAAAGUAAAAGAGUUAUACGAAAGAAUACAAAAUCAGCAGCUUCUACAGAUGGCAAACUUAGUUGAAAAACAGAAACGCGAGCAAAUGUUACUACAGCAAGUUUUCGACGAGCAAAACAGCAUUCUAUACAGACAACUGAAAACUAUCUGUCCUAAAUCGCCCGUCGAAGCGAAAGCCGCGUGGGCCGACAAAGUGGACCGAGGACCCGUCAGUUUAAGCCAGUUAAUAAACCAUAAGUCACCAGACUCUUUAACAAGUACUCUAACUGACACCCACAAUAAUUUAAAUAAGUGUGCUGAGGUUUUGAAAAAAAGUAAAGAUAUCACUGGUAGUAUAAAGAAACAGAACCACCCUGGAAGUCCUACAGAUGGUAGUAGAACGCGGACACAUUCACCAAAACGGACGAAAACUUCCAGAAAACUUAGUUACGAUACUUCGUCUUCCGACAGGGAGUUUGAACCGAUAUUGACCGAUCGAACGAACGAUACGUUGGUGGGGCUAAACGUGACAUUUACUUCAGACAGUGAUGAACCGACUUUCAUGGAAAAGCAGCCGUCUACGCACAGUGCGGUACGGAGCGUGGAGACUUCUGUAAAGGUGCCUGCACGUAGGCCCGUCCAAGCCAGACUGCCGCCAACACCUGAACAGCUGGCCGCGGCCUCCACCAUAGUGGCUCACGCAAAGGGCUACCUCGUGCGUCGGUUGCUUCGUACUGAGAGAGUCCAAGCCACCGUGCAGACUAUUAAGGAUGCGUUGCUUUGUGCGCUGCAAAUGCACCAGGACAGAGCGGGGAUCAGGGGAGCUGAUGUGGACUUGCAUCGACGGCUUAUUCAGCAGAUCACGGCGGCUUGCUAUUCACUGCACGACACGUUCGUGGCGAGUACGCCGGCGGAGCGCUGCGCCCUCAUCGCGGCGGAUCGGGAGCGCCGCCGGCAGAAACCGGCCCGACCUUUCAGAACGGAUGUAAUGUCGCAAAGCCACAGCGGCGCGUUCCCUGCGCGCGCGCCGCACUCCAGCUCGCACUCGAUGACGCAGUCCCACUACGGUAACGCACACUAAAUGCCACGGAGAGACGUUUAGCGGCACGAAGCUGAACUCGCGCUACUUGCCGUCCCCGCGGCGCCGCCCGUGGCGCUGACACCACCCUCGAUACUUACCGCGAUGCUUCUCACAAUUCUGCUUUCCUGGUACCUAACAGGUCUACUGGGCUAUCAUUAGUGUUAACAGGGCAUUAACUCUUUGAACACCACGCCUAUCGUGCGCUGCGCGUCAUUGUGAACCUUGUCGCAAUGCAUAAAGGUUGAUAUUGAGCUGUAGCUGCGCGCGUCAGUUGACGUCUUUGGCGGUCAACGGGUUAACAACUUGAGAUCUUUGGUUCAGCAAAUGAAUUUUACUCCGGCAAUGGCUUUAUUUGAUCUCGCCGAGAUCUAAAGGCUUAACGCUAAGAUAAAAAAAAAAACUAAAAUCGUUAUAUAUAUCUGCCCCACUAUUGCUUUUACAUAUGUGGUUUUUCGAUGUUGGCAUUUGGGGGCCUACUCAAAUUACGUAAUGCUAAAAAUCUAAUUUUCUGGUAAUUCUGGUUCAGCUUAGAAAUGUCGCAUUAGGUAUUGUUUUUGAGUGCUUUAUUGUCACCUAAUUUAUUUGUUUUAUUUAUAGACUAUUACUCUCUUUUAUGAUAUAUGAGUUGUCAAAAAAUCACAUUAUACCAGGGGUUCCCAAUCUUUUUCAACAUGCGGCGCAGUUACAAGUUUAGUAUUUUGCAACGGCGCCCUUGUAAAUUUAAAAUCACGGUCGAAAAAGAGUGACACGACGCUAUAUUAUUUACCGAUGCGAGCGCUCAAAUAGGUACCCGCGAAUAUUUGUGGUUUCGGAUAAUGAUAGAACUCACGGCGCCCCUCUUUACUUUCUACGGCGCACCAGGGCGCCGCGGCGCACACUUUGGGAACCCCUGCAUUAUACUAAAGACGAGAAUCAUUCUCAAUUUUUCUCAUCAAAACAAAAUAUUUUUCUAAAUGUAAAAUUGAACUUUAACCACCAGCAAUAAGCUAAAGUUUCCUUAAUCAUUAAGUUGCAAGACUGUAUAUCAUGUAUUUAUCGUAUUAAAAUAAUCUUCGACACGUCUCUCUGUUAUUAUAAAAACAUAGUCUUAGAUAUCUAAUGCAUUUAAUUGAUAUUGUAUGGUUGUCAAACAUUAUUCCAUUUGUGAAGCUUCCAAAUGUAAGUGCCUAGCUUAACGCACGAAUUGUAGUUUCAUUAUGAGCAUUUCUUUAAAAAAUGUUUAGAUCAGGUGAAGAUAAACAUUAUUUUGAUAUUAAGACCACAUUAACUUCCUACUUGGAAUGAAAACAUAGCGUUCUGAUGCUGAGGAUAACCUACAAGCGUUUGUUUUGUCCCGGUGUUUCUCUUAGCCCACUUGACUUUACACUUUUUACCAUUUCGGGUAGAAAGAGCUUGAGUUUUGAUUCUGAAUAGUAAUACAGAAUACUACGUUAAGAAAAAAGAUGGCAUUGUUUAAGAAAUGCUCUUAUCUCAAUAUAUCACAAAAUUAAUAAUAGUAAUUUGGCAAAACCAAAAUUCGUUUUAGGCUUUUGGUAAUAAUUUUAUAAAUGUAUUGCACUAUUUGAUAAGGAUAAAUGCGGCUAAGAGUGGCUGCGGGUUAAGUGCGACUAGUUCAUACAUUUCCCAUAAAACGAAAACUAGUGGCAAAUGUAUGAACUCGCAAUAAAUACGAAUCAAUGUGUAAACAGACCCCAAAGUGAAGGCGAGCCACGCUUAUUCGUAUUGACUAAGAAAAACGUCUGUUUGAAACAAGGUCUAGUAAUUUUAUAAAAGUUCUAGUUUUAGAAUCUGAGAUUUCUUAGCUUUUAUCGUCAAGUAAUUGAUUUUUUAUUACUUUCAAGUCACGUUUAAAAUGCAACAAUUCUCUAGUCAUGUCUAUUGAUCUAUCUUUUUAAAACCACAGUGGAAGAUUUUAAUUUAUUUGAGGAACAUCAUGUAGUUAUUAUACCUACUAGAGUUAUAAAAAUAUACCCUAUCUUGUAAUUUUAAAAUGAACAGGACAUAAUGCCAAAAUGUAUUUCUAUGAGCUUGCGUGUAUGGAACUUUUUAUAACUUGACAUCUUUGCGGUUUUGGAUAACCCAUUUAAAUGUGAACCCCCUAAAAAGUGAGAUUAUUUUGUAAUAUUAUUGUGAAACAAUUCUGCAAUAAAGGUAAUUAUUACUAA